AACCUCAGGUUUUCUGUGCAUGCUUAAGUAAACUAGCCCGUUUUGAUAAAUGGYUGAGAAAUCCAAGCUUCCUGUCCUCUCCAACUAUCAGUAGUGCCGCACACAGAGAAAACAGGCAGGCUAUGCGGUAUAUUCACUGGAACGGAAAGUGCGCGCGCUCCUCCUUAGAACUUUGAACUCCUCCACAGAACCAUAUUAGCCUAUUCUGUGCAAUAUAAAUGUCAUAUACGUAGGCCUAUUGUUUAAUGUUGUAGUUAAUGCGUUAUAGAGAGGGUUUAGUACGUUUAAAUUAUCAAUUAUGGCGAAGUGGUCGGUUUUUCUAUUCUACCUCCUCCAAGGACUGGUUCAUCUCAUUACCGGGCAGCAGCAGCCGCCACGCGAACGAGUGGGGCCUUGGCGGCAGAGGAUUCAGUGGGAGAAUAACGGUAAGGUGUACAGUUUGAUGAGCACCGGGUCAGAGUAUCAACCACCGGCGCGGCCGAGAAGCCAGUCCAGAGUCUACAUGAGCACAGGGAGGGAUGGCACCGGUCAGACGCAGCCUGGAACGCGGGAAGGCACAGUGGCGCACAGAAGACCUGGACCAAUCGAAUCGAACGUAGGUGGACAUUUACGGGACCAAACCAACAACGUUCUAGAUCCUGGAUCUGUACAUUUAGGACAUGACAGUAGACAGUAUCUGGUACCCAAUGCYCGCCAGUCAGGGGCCAGGUCGCAGCCCGAGGUGCCAUACCGAGCGGGAGUGGCGGGGUCCCCUGGCGCACGGCGCUACUCCCCAGAGUACACUUACCGUGUAAACGCAUCGGUCCCUGAGCUGCUCCCCGAGUUCUCCGGUAGCGGGGUACCGAGGAGAGGAGUCCCUGUCACUCAGGAUGUUACCUGGGAUGCUCGCUCGGGGCUUCCCGCCUCUCCAUCCCGAGGCAGGGAGGCAGUGCCUGUACCGGGCGUAGAAUACCAAGAGAUGCGCGCGGAGCCCGGUGCAUCCAUCUCCAGGCAACCCGCACUAACGGAUAAUUCCAACGCACCUUAUGUCAUCCCUAACCGGAGGGGUGCUCCUCCAGGACUCGGACCCGUYAACCCUGCUGAAACAUCGAAUGAGGCAGCAAGUAACGGCGAGGACAUGGUYUCGGACGACCCUCGGAACCCUUUUAAAAACCACCGGAAUUCCGUCUUCUACAACAUGUAUUCCUCCAGAGGCAGAACGCCYGUAGCACGCACGCGGCGGCCGCGUCCCCCGGCGUCCGUCCCCGGCACUGGAUAUGGCACUAGAUAUUUUCAGAAUGGGCUCCCAGAUCUCGUCCCAGACCCGUAUGCCAUCCAGGCAGGUGCAUACAUCCAGCGGAUGCAGAUGUACUCUCUGCGCUGUGCGGCUGAGGAGAACUGUUUGGCGAGGUCAGCGAGCACAGCAAGGGACAUAGACUACAGAGUGCUGCUUCGCUUCCCCCAGAAAGUCAAGAACCAGGGCACCACUGACUUCCUUCCUGUUAAACCAAGACACCAGUGGGAAUGGCACAGCUGUCACCAGUGAGUAAAUAUAUUCCCA